AUGUCAGAACUAACCCCAACAAAAGGCCGAAGGCGAACAGUCCAGGUGCAGGAGGCAAAAGAGUCCAAAGUCAGAAGAAAAUCCACCCAGCCAAAGACGAACCGGGAGUUUGUGUGUAACAUACAGAGCACCAUACAGAAACUGCUGGACCAGGAAGACACAACCAAGGACGCUACAAUAACUGUGGACGACUCGGGCCCAAAGAGAUACUUGAUGGAGAUGGACCAAGGCAACAGCGCCUGGAUAGAAGGAAACUACUCGAUCUCCACCCUGCUGCAGGAGCUGGCUCUGGCUGACAUAAACCUGAAAACAGUAAUAGUGCCUGAAACCAUUAUAAACGAGCACACAAUAAACAGGCUCACGCGGCUUAUCAAAACGUGUUUUUGGCCAAAUCUAAGAAGAGUUUUGGACCUGAACGGGCUAAAGCUGGCUCUCAUAGACACAAAAAUAUCAAAAGUUGAGUACUUUCUAUAUGUUCCCUCUUUUGACACAGAGAGCAUUGCGUACUACAAAGACACAAUUGAGAGGCUGCAGGAGGCAGGGUUUCUGGUGAAGCUUGUAAAAAUCCGGCACACAAAAGACUUUCCGUCUGGCGUGUUCUUUCCCGACACGCUCGCGUCCCGAGGAGUACUAUGCGACACCGCGCCGGGGCUGCUGUCUCUUUCCACGACAUACUUUUCUGCCUUGCCCAUAGAGGGCGCAGAAGAGCUGGGAAAAGAGGGGGCAGCACAGAAGGCAAAGCCCUCUGCCUCUUGGCACAACCCUGUGGUUCCUCCUUCUGCGCGAGGAGGGCGCAUUACCAGGCAACGCGGGCCCUGCCCAUUCUAUGUGCCUGGCGGAAGAUUCAAUGAAAUGUAUGGGUGGGACUCGUACUUCAUUGCAAAAGGCUUGAUUUUGUCGGGCGAGGUCUCGGAGGCUUUCUGCAUAGCCGAAAAUCUAAGGUACCAGAUUGAGGCAUACGGGAAAAUACUCAACGCAAACCGAACAUACUAUCUGUUUAGGGGGAACCCUCCUUUUUUUUCAACGCUUAUCACCGAGCUUCUUGCCCACCUUACCCCCGAAGAGGCGCUGCCGCUUGAGGACUGGGUGAGCUCCGCGGUGGACGCUAUGAUAAAGGAAUACUACUACUUCCACCGAGGAUACAAUGAAGAAAUCGGCCUUACAAAGCACGCGCCCGGCGGAAAGGGGAUUCCCAUGGAGACGGAGGAGGGGCACUUUUUUACAGCAAUUCGGGACAUGGUCCCCGGGUCUGAAAAUUGGACACCAGAGCAGCUGAACGAGUACAUUGACAUGUAUAACAAAGGAGACGUGCACUCCAGCGAUCUGGAAGAGUAUCUGCAGAACGACAGGGCGGUUCGAGAGUCUGGGCACGACACUUCAAAAAGAGUAGACGGCAUUGCAUCGCAUUUAUACACGGUGGAUCUUAACUGUCUUCUGUACAAGACCGAGCAGGACAUUCUUUCGCUGCGCCAUGUUCCUGAAAUUGCUGAAAUAUCGAGAAAGAGAAGAGCUGCAAUCAACCAGGUACUUUGGAAUGGGCGCUUCUACUACGACUAUAAUGAAAAGACAAAAAAGCUAAGCUCCUACAAAGGAGCAACCGCGCUGUACGCGCUGUUUAGCAGAGCAGCCGACCCUGAAAAGGCGGAUGUGCUUGUGGAGGAGCUUGCAGACUUGACAGGGCCUGGUGGAAUAUUCACAGGCACCGAAGAAAGCUGCCGCGCUCUUACAGAAAAAGACAUGCAGCGGCAAUGGGACCACCCGUACGGAUGGGCCCCCCACCAAAUGAUUGGGUGGAUUGGGCUAAUGAACUACGGGAAGGAAGCCCUUGCCAGAUCGCUUGCUCUUAGGUGGUGCACCAUGCUGGGAAUAAUAUUUUCCCAGUACAAUGGAGUGGUGACCGAAAAGUACAAUGUGCAAAAGAGCACCCACAAGGUAAGCGUAGAGUACGGAAACAUUGGAACAAACAUAAAGCAUGUCCCCCGAGAAGGGUUUGGGUGGACAAACGCGUCCUGGCUUUUGGGGCUUGCCCUUCUAUCCGAGAGCGGAAGAAGGCAGCUGUAUGCUCGCAUUGUGCUGGAUUAG